AUGACAAUGACAAUGAAAAUUUACGAUAAAUGCACAACAUUUUUAAAGAUAGAAGAAAAUGGGAAAUUCCUGAAGCAUAGCUUACGAUUAAGCAAUAAAUCACUUGAUGACGGUCGAGGUUCACCUGUUACUCAUGAGCCUCUACUGGAUGAGGAUCCUUCAAUGGAAGAUCAAUACACGUCAUUAGGUUUAUACCUGACUACCUCAGAGCAGAGAUUAGCAUCGGGAAGCUCAAGUGGUGCAAGUCUUGCUGUAGAAAAUGCUCAACUGCGAUUGAAUAUUGAAAGACUGAAGACAAAAUUGAAUGAGCUAGAAGCUAGAAAUGGAUUUGUACAGGUCAGUCUACCGAACGCAGAAGGUAAAUCUUCAACACAAAAUGUAACUCCAGUUGUUGCUAAUGAGCCUGCUCCUCCGGUUACUCCAGUACAAAAGGCAGCAGAAAGUAAACCAAAGAAAGAAAAAAAAGAAAAGAAAGGUGGUGGAAAACCUCCAGAAAAGAAAGACGAUGUCCCUGUAACAAUAUCAGCGAUGGAUCUUCGCAUUGGCAAGAUAGUUGGCGUUAAAAAGCAUCCUGAUGCCGACUCGCUUUAUGUUGAAGAGAUCGAUUGUGGUGAAGCAGAACCAAGAACCGUGGUCUCUGGACUUGUGAAUCAUGUACCUAUUGGGGAGAUGCAAGACCGUAUUGUAAUCAUCUGCUGUAAUUUGAAGCCAGCUAAAAUGCGUGGAAUCUUAAGCCAAGCAAUGGUGAUGUGCGCUAGUGGUGAUACAGUAGAGUUACUCACUCCCCCUGCUGGUAGUGUCCCUGGCGACAGAAUCAGUUUUGACGGUUUUCCAUUGGGUGACUUUCCCCCACAGAUGAACCCAAAGAAGAAAAUUCUAGAACAAAUUUUGGCAGAUUUGUUUACCGACGAAAAUAAGGUAGCCACUUACAAAGGUGUCCCCUGGAAAGUUGAAGGGAAAGGCAUUUGUACAGCACCAACCAUGGCAAAGACAAAGAUAAAAUAGAUAAAUGCAGUAAAUUGAAAAAUAUAAAUAAAAAAGGGAUAUUAUUCUGGUGUUAAAGUUAACCCUCACUUAUUACUCAGAAAAUACUGUGUACUACAAAUAGAGUACUACAGUGUUAUGUCACGAUACCAUGUGAUACUACUCUGUUGCUAUCAUUGCAAAAUGAGUUCAACUGGACGCCAUUUUCUUCACUGACAAACCAUUGAUCCCAAUUUCUAAUGUAA